GGAACUUGUCAACGAGCAAAUUGUUCAAAUCAAUUUAAACGAUAUUGGAAUCCGUGUGGUGGACGUUCUUCUUCGUAAUAAUUCGACUGUGCCGCGCUUUUUUAAAACAGUCUCUUCCACUAAAUCUGUCAAAGUAACAGCAUCUAAUUAUAUUGUUGACGCUAAUGCAACUGCAACACUUACACUCACGAUCAACAACACCACAGAGGAGAACGUGUUCGAGAUGGUUAAUGUCAAUGUAAUUGUUCAGUGGUGGUUGCUUGACUCCGUUACAAAUAUUUCAAAUAUGACUGUUGAAGGGAAUCCUGUAGAGACGCUUAAAUUUUACAUUAUGUUUCGAGGAAAAGAAGCAGUCAGUGAUGACGUUUAUGUUGUGAUAUAA